AAUCCUGAAGUGGAGAAGUUAUUUCAUUAUUGCCUCAUUGGUAAUGGUACCAUCCUGCCUCUGGGAGACCGGACGAUUAACGAUGAUGAACCUUGUGACUGGGGCAAGAGACCUCUGCCUGUUCUCCUGUUUGCCUGUAUACACGACUUUUGUGAUGAACAGAGGAGCUUGUACCUGAACGCCCUCACUAGACACUCUAAGAUUGUGCUGGAAAUUCUAGGUCUUCCUCCAGACACUUACUUCAAGGCGAUAAGGAAGCCCAUCUCACCCUCUAAGGUCCUGAAGCAAUCUGGUUACAAGUUAAAUUUGACCCAAGCAAAGAACCCAGUUCGCUUCUGUGUGCACAGCGCAGCAGAGGCUGAGAAGUGUGAGGACCUCCGACUGGCAGCUCAGGGCUACGGUGCUGACGCUGGUCUGGGCGUUGGUUGUAGCCUCACCACUAAUGCGUCGCAGUGCUAUCCUGAUAUUUACUUCGGUAAUGCUGAUGUCGUUGCACUGGACGGUGCUGAUGUCUUCCAAGUUACAAAAGAUUAUGGGUUUGAACGUGUGCUGAGCGAGGUGUACAACGUGGGCGGUGCAAUACCAACUUCAUCUUAUUAUGCCGUAGCUGUCGUGAAAGUUGACUCCAAUAUUACCUCCUUCAGUCACUUAGAAGGUCUUAAAUCUUGCCACACAGGCAUCGACAAGACGGCAGGAUGGAAGCUACCUCUGGCCACUCUCCUGGAGAGACGACUGAUUGACCCAUCCCACUGUAAUUAUGUCACUGCUGCUGCAGAAUUCUUUACAGGUGGCUCAUGUGCUCCUGGAGCCAAGCUCCCUACUUACAACACACAGAGCAACUACAUAGACCGUCUGUGUAGCCUUUGUGUUGGGGAAGGGGAGAAUCAUUGUGCCAGGAGCAGUGCCGAACCAUUUUACUCCUAUACUGGUGCCUUCAGAUGUUUAGUACAUGGUGGGGGUGACGUGACUUUCAUCAAGCACACUACUGUCCCUGACAACACUGAUGGUUCCAACACUGAGGACUGGGCAAUAAGUCUACGGUCUGAGAACUUCAGACUUAUGUGUCCUUCUGGUGGGACUGCUGCCGUCACUGAGUUCCGGACAUGUAACCUUGCCUUAGUACCUGCCCAUGAGGUAGUAGUGUCAGGGAGACUGACAGAGGCGAGGCUGAGUGAGGUGCGUCAGGUGUUGCUGGGAGUGGCUCAGGUGUUCAGUCCCAGCGCUCCAGGCAGCAAGACAUUCAAGCUCUUUGGAAAAUACCAAGGCAAGUCAGACUUACUGGUGAAGAACUCAGCUGUCGGACUGAGAGCUUUAAGUGAAGAUACUCCAGAGGAGAUAAGAAGAAAGAAGGAUUACUUUAAGAAACUUAGUGAACUUCACAACUGCGACGUUCGCGUGUGUGCCCUUGAGGAGCAGAUGGCAGACUGCAAGGCCAUGGCUGCCACGAUGACUGAAGAGGGGCAGCAGUUUGUUUGCGUCAGUGCUAGAGACAGGUUGGACUGCGUGAGACGAGUGAUGAGAGGUCAGGUAGAUAUGACACCAUUGCCAGGAAGUUAUCUCAAGUUUAAUCCUAAUCUGAGAAUUAUUGCACAAGCUCGUGAUCCUGUCUAUGCUGCUGAUGACUAUCGGUACAAAGCAGUGAUGGUAGUGCGACGGGGUACAGUGACCCGCACGCUGGACCUGCGGGGCAAGAAGUCUUGUCACACAGCCUACGGCAGGACAACUGGCUGGAAAAUACCUCUAGCAAUGCUGAAGCGUGAUGGCGUAAUUUCUCCACCAUGCAACCCUAACCAGUCGUCACUGGAGCAUGAGAUUGUGGCAGUAACUACAACAUUCAACAGAGCGUGUGUGCCUGGCACUUGGGCAACCAUUACUUCAGUAGAUUCAGCACUCAAGCAACGUUAUGCAGCCAUGUGUUCAAUGUGCAAGAGUGGAACCUGUGACGUUAAUGACGACUAUAUUGGCUAUGAAGGAGCUUUACGAUGCCUCACCGAGAAAGGCGGAGAUGUGGCCUUCAGCAAACUCACAGUUGUUCAAAAAUUUUUCUCGAAUGCCAGAGCAGUGCUGGUGAACACCUAUGGCCUAAUGUGUCCAGACGGACGCAUUGUUGACAUCACCUCUCCAAACGCCAGUGAUUGCUUUUGGGCUGCCCGACCCUGGGAUAUCUAUGUGACACACGGUGGUGCAAGUGAGGCCAAGGUUCAGAAAUUGCAGUGGGCACUGAGCCAAUCAAAGAGAAAAGGAGAAGCAGACCUAGCAACUAGAAAUUGGUAUUUUACCACCCUUGGAAUCGACGAGUCAUUCAUCGAUAUUGUACCUACCUUGGAUAAUAUGCAAACUGGAUAUUACUAUGCAAACAGUCGCAUGAACAUUGUAGAGGCUGAGGAGAUCUGCACUGAUGAGAAGGGUGUUGGGUUCUGUGUCACUUCUGAUGAUGAAUACAAGAAAUGUGAUGACUUGAGCAAGAUGUUAAAGCUAAGAGGAGUGUCGCCUGAGCUGCACUGUGUGAGGGGAAGUGACAUUUACAACUGUGUCAACAAGAUCACUCUCGACUUGGCUGAUGUAGUCUCUCUCACUGAUGUUCAACUCUUCACGGCUAAACAGCAAUAUAACAUAGGAGCCAUUUUGACGGAGAGUUCUGGCAAUGAUGAGUCUUACUUGUACUACCUGGUGGCGGUGAUCAAGAAGAACUCGGGCAUCAACACUGCCUCAGACCUUGCUGGCAAGACCUCUUGUCAUGCAGGACAUAAUUCCAGUACAGGUGGCGUCAUAGACAGCAGUCUGUCAAACUGUCUCAGUAACACGAGUGACUUCUUCAAGACUUACACUGAGGCAUUCAACUGUCUUGAGGGAGCUGAUAAAGAUGUAGCAUUUGUUAAGCUUCCUACUGACAGUCAGAGUGGUAAGUAUGCUGUGACUGUUAUAAGUUAGUUAGUUUAAUAUGUU